AGCUCCGGCCGCCUCGGCGCGAGGAGGAGGCUGCGGGAGCGCGUGCGCGUGCGCGAAGCCGGAACGCCGCGGCGGCGCGGGGCGGCUGCCAUGGCCGCGGCGUCCAGAUAUAUGUUUGCCAUCAUGGAUCGGUUUGGAGAUAUAUCAGAAGGUGAAGUGGACCAUUCUUUCUUUGACAGUGACUUUGAAGAGGCAAAGAAAUGUGAAAGUAACUCAGUUUUUGACAAGCAAAAUGAUGACCCUAAAGAGGAGAUAGAUAAGGAUACAGAAAAUGAAGACUUAAGAGUUGGAAUGCAGAGAAGGAAAAGUGAUCUUGAGAAGGGAACAGAAAGAAACGAGACAAUUCCUACAGAACAGCACCCUGUAGAAAAUGAUAAUAUGCAAACUACAAAUUCUUUGUCAUUGACCACUUCUUCAAGAUCGAAAUUGUGUGAUGCUCCAAUAGAACAUAAAAUCCACAUGCCCAUUCCAAGUAGCAUUCCCCAAGUUGUUAAAGAAGAUGAACAUGAUUACUAUACAGAUGGGGAGGAAAGCAGUGAUGAUGAGAAAAAGCCUCAUGUCAGGUCCAGGUCAGUUAAACCAUCUCAUAACUUUAAAAAAAGUAUAAGUAAAAGGUAUUCUAAAAGAAGUUCCUGUUCCUCUUUGUCCUCCUCGUCUUCAAGUUCAGACUCUUCAGACACUGGGUCUGAUGUCUGUAUAUCUGAUUCAUCUCCAUCAUUAAAGAAGCGUGAAUCUGGUGUAACCCCCUUGUCAGCCAAACAGAAAUACAGACCAGCAGAAAAAUCGGCAGGAGCACAACCUUCUAGCACUAAACCAAAAGUUGGUGACUACACCGAGGAAUCUGAAGACACUGUGACAGAUGUCACUCCUUUAUCAACUCCAGACAUUAGCCCUGUUCAGUCUUUUGAACUGGGGGCAUCAAGCAAUCAAAAAGUGAAAGUUAAAAGGCAAGAAAACGUGGGUCAGGAAGUAUAUGAAAAUGUUGAGGAUUUUAAAGAUAAUUCAAAAUCUUUGAAAUCAGUCAAAAAAGGAAAAGAAAAACAGGAGCCCAGUUUCACCUCAAAGUCAUCAGUGUUAGAUUCCAAUUUAGACCACAGAUAUAAACAAAAAGCCAUACAUGACACAAUGGACCUGAAUCAUCUUUUAAAAGCUUUUCUGCAAUUAGAUAAAAAGGGACCACAAAAACAUCACUUUGAUCAGCCUUCAGUAGCACAGAAAAACUACUCUUUCUCAAGAGAGGAGGUUAGACAGAUUGAUCGGGAGAAUCAGAGGCUUUUGAAAGAACUGUCAAGACAGGCUGAAAAACCAGGAAGCAGAAGUACGAUUCCAAGAAGAUCGACUUCCCCCCCUAAGUUAUAUCACAGUGCUCUCAACAGACAGAGGGAACAACAAAGGAUUGAAAGAGAAAAUUUGGCUUUAUUGAAAAGGCUUGAAGCUGUGAAACCAACAGUUGGUAUGAAACGCUCAGAACAGCUGAUGGACUAUCACCGCAACAUGGGCUACCUCAGCUCUUCCCCCGCCUCUAGACGUGUGAGGUCCACUCUUGGCCAAUACAGCCCAUUAAGAGAUGCUUCCAGGACAUCCAGUGCUACCAGUGGUCUCAGUUGUAAGAGUGAGCGAUCAGCUUUUGACACAUCCAGCGGCCAUUUGCUAAGACCUAAGCCCCCUAAUGUCCGUACAGCUUGGUUAUAAAACUCUUUUUACUUUAAACAUUGUUCAUCCAAUUCUUACUGAAGUGCUCUUGCAUAUUACCAUAAUUCUCUGUGUAAAAAUCUAUAAUACUGUUUUCAGCAAUUUAAAGUGUAUAACAAUGACUCGUAAUUUAUUGUAAUUCAAUGCAACAUUGCUUUCAGAAAGACAAUUUAAUAUAAAAUCAGUGUUUCCUGUGAGAAGGUGUUUAUAUAUGGAGACAUGUAUUUCAUAGAGAAAUGGUAGCAUGCAUGUGUAUUUUCUCAACAUAGAAACAGGUUCAGCUGUCAGACAGGCAAAAGAGUUGUGACAGUAUCAUUCCACGUUGGACCUGAGGUGUUAGCUAUAUAGGUCUUGUUUAAUGUGUUUUUUUGUUUUUUUGUUUUCAUUUCUUGUAAGCUUUAUACCAUGGGCAUAGCUCCUGACUUUGUUUCCUGUUUGCUUCAGAACUUGGGUGGUGUGACUUAUAACUUCAUUGUAAGAUAGUUACACUUGCAUAUAAUGAAACAAAUCUUGAAAUUUGUUUUCAUUGGUGGAGCUCAUUUAGAUUUGAUGAGCAAAUUGAGAGAAGCUUGGCUUGGAGCAUCCUUGUGAUUCACCAGAGGUCUCUACUACUCCUCUAGUGCACCGAGUUAGAUCUUAAACCCUUUAUCACCCAUUCCAAACCAUUUCUAACUGUAUUAGAAAGUUCACCUUAGAAGCUCCUCUUUCAUGUUUUUUAUACAUUCGGGGGAAGUACUGUUAAUAAUUCUGAGGAAUUAGGUUUCUUUAGAGCUACAGUCUACUGCAUUGUGAAUAGCUUGUUCAAAGACCAACUCAUCAUAAGCGGAAGCAAGUAUUUGUUGAAUUAGCAAAAUAGCACCACCAGUUUGAAGAGCCAAGAAGCAAAUCUUGAGUUGUUAGAACAGUGUUUGAGUGAUGCUGUAAACAGAUUGUGUUAAAUUUGGUGUUUCUUGUUUUAAGUGAGAAGAAAAAUGAGGAAAGACAUGCAUUGUCUCAUAGCUUUAAAAAAUCCAGCUAGUGUUUUUAAGGGCUGAAAAAGAAAACUAAAAUAUGAACAAUAAAGGGGAAAAAAAUCACCAAUUUGUUGAGGCUGCUUUAAAUGUCAGCUAAUUUUCUUCCUUUGUUUUGGUUUGGUCUUUUGGGUUGAAUCCUGGAAGUAUCAUUUUUGCCAGUCCUACUUUUGAAGUCCUGGUGAUCUUAAUGUAAUUAGUAAUAGCAAAUAGGGUAUAAUAUAGUUGACUUUUAAAAUUAGAAUAUUUUUCUGUCAAUCUCUAGGCUAUUACAUUGUGUAAGGAAGUAUAUCUUGGUCAUGUAGCUUCUGCUGUCCAAGUUAUCACUGUUUUCACUAUUGGCCUUUUCUGUAUACCUUAGAAUGUGUUAGAAAGUUUCUAUAUUAAAUGCCAACUCUUUCCCUUUUUUAGUGUGAAUUUUGGAUCUGUAGCCCAAUAAGAUUUGUUGGUUUUCCAAGUUAACUCAAGCUCUGUUGCCUGUACACUGAACUUAUGUUUCCUAACACCUUUGUUAGUAAGCCAAACUGCAUUUUACUAAAAACUGAUUCAGAAUUUCUUGUUCGUAGUUUGUAUUGACAAACUUUGCUUAGGACAGGGCAUGUGAAGCCUGAAAAGGAUGAGGUUAAAAAAUCCAUGUGAACAUGGCCUGACUGAAAUUUUUCUGCUGCUUUCUUUGAGCUAUAAUGUUUGUUCAUUGUUAUUUGAUAUUCUGUGCUGGUGAACAGAUUUUUACAUUACUUACUGUUCUGCUUUAUAUUAUAAACUUAAUACUAAACCAAGGUUUUGUUUUGUUAUUGCAACUUUUAAUGUUUGCAUAACAACCUAUAACAACCUAUCUUUAAGGAGUGAUAAGAGUAGGUUCAGCAUUUGAAUAUUUGCCUAAUAGUGAACCGGUUUUUAAAAAUUGAUUUUUAAGUUGUUAGGGAAAAAAAAUUUAUGAAACCUUUUAUGUAAUAGUGUUAGGCUCUGAGUACAUCUUAUAUGGUCUUUGCUGCCAUAUGUCAUGAUACAGUUAUAAUUUUAUUGAUAAAACUGUCAUUUUAUUUUAUUUUUGAUCUUUAAAAAUCUUUUCUUAGUAUUUUGAUUUUAGAUAUUAAUUUAAUACCUUUUAUUUUUACUACUUUGACAGGGGAGGUUCGUCUAAGUAUUACUGAUAACAGGGAUUCAACUUGAAGUAAAAGUCAGGAAGAGCAAUAAUCACAUCUUUUCAAAGUGGAAUAUACAAUUCUGUUGUCAUGAUUAGUUUAUACGAUAACUAUAAAUAGAGGGAUAAGAGUUGAAAAUGUGAUAUUCCCUGAUAUAAGUCAUGGUACUUUGAAGUUGUAUGGUUUAAGGGGUAUUUUUAUGAAGGAGUCAUAAGUAUACUAUUUUUCAUUUUCAAGAACAUAAAAAAGUGAAGGAUCAUCUAGCACUACUUUAUAUUUGGUUCACUUAUACCUAAAAAUAUAUUUUGAAGAUUUACACAUGCAGUUAGAAAUUAUAUUAAUCCAGGGCCUGAAAUUAUUAGGCAAGGUUCUUCUUGAGAGUUAUUUUCAUAUCUGUCAAGUGUUAAACUAAUGUUGCAUCCUUUUUAAUAAGAUUCUAUGAAAGAUUUUGAGCUAUUAAAGUUAUUUCCUAAAGGAUAGCAACUAUGUAGUACUUACCCUCUUUUUUCAAUCUCCAUAAAAAGCUGCGUUCUUAGCUAUUACUCCAAAUAAAAUUUUUCUUGUUUGCUAAUCACUAUAGUAUAACACAGUUGUUUUCAGCCUGUUAACCCAAAUGUCCAAAAUGGAGAUCUCAGUAGUUUUAAAAAGAGGCCAUUGGGAUGGAUAUGUUUCACCUUCAAAAUCAAAUACUGAACACUAUGAAAAGUGUUAUGACCAGUAUACAGUUGGAGACACAAGUUUGAGUUACACAAUUUUAAUAAUUAAAUUCAUAAAAUGUUUAAUAUCUUAAAUGCCAAAGUCUUAACCUAUAAAUGAUUGUAAACUAUCCUAGAAGAUAUGUUUAGUUCUCAUGGCUAUGUUAUUUCUAUGAAUAAAAAUAGUAAGAAAUUUAAAAA